UUUACAUUUCUUGCACCCUAAAUUCGUAAAUAUUUACGAAAUUCUAAUACAGAAAUAAUUGAACAAAAAUCGUUUUGCUUGCGUGUUGAUAUGGACAUUAUCCGAUUGAUCCGACACGAAUGUAGGCCGUGGGAAAAGUGAGUAACCGCUAGAGCGUGAUCGAACAAAUAUGAGGUAGUGCUAAAAAUACGGUGCAUAAAUACACAACGGCGCGUUUAUGUUUGUGUGUAAGGUUGUCGCUAUUAUAUAAUCACUAGAAAAAAAAAGCCUAAUGUCGCAAACCUUGCCUGCCACGCCACCGCCACCAGCUCUAUAUCCGUCGAACAUUGCCAAGAAAUAUCUACCGCCGCCCAAACAACAAGAAUUGCCAACAUGUAUCUGGGCACUGGAAUAUCCCGAGUUACAAAAAGCGUGCUUUCUGGCACGGGUAUGUGAGGACAGUGCUCCGCAACAUUGUCAGCUCCACAAAGUGACCACUAUUCUACAAGAAGGGCCCACCUGUGGUCUAACUGCGUUGAGCAUGCUUUUGAAUGGCGCCCCAAACCCUAGCGAACUUUUGCAGAUUGCUAGAAAGCUUCACUAUACAAACAAUGGCGAAAUGUUUAGUGCACAAAAUUUGUUUCAACUUAUUCGUGAUACUCUAAAAUCUUCAAAUACUUCUACAGCCGAAGUGAUAACAACAACAAAAGCCACAACAAAUAAUACAUCGGCCAAUGAACGCCAAACGAGGGCGGUAGCGCAUUGCGAGUUACACCAAGGCCCACUUGACUGUGUCAAGGUCAGAUCAGCAUUACAGGCGGGUGCUUGCAUUUUUGUACCAUACGAUCCUGACUACAACCAUUCACCUUGCCUAAAAUAUGGUCAUAAAGCUCAUUGGGCACUCAUCAUCGGCUACUUGAUAAACGAUAAAAAUGAGUUCUUUGUCUUAGCGCGUCACGGAAAAGCGAAAAAUCUGGCUGUGUGGUCAAUGAGCGCUCUAAGCGACAGUAAUGCCAACCUUGUAGAGUUCGAACAACCGAAAGGUUAUCCCAAUUGUGAUUUUCUGCUACCGCCCGGUGGUAUUGGCGGUGAUUUAGGUUUAAGAGAACGUGCCAUUAUUGUAAACAUGCUGCCGCAAGAAAAUUUAUUUAUUUGUUCGAGAAAAGGAAGGGGUCCCAAACCUUAGCCAUUAAUUCGAUUAUACACUGGAAUAUUUAGAUUAAAUUUGCCAUGGUAUUUUCAAAAAACAAAAUGUAACCAAGCUGAAAAAAUAUAAACCAAAUGCAAACUUGUUGCAGUAAUAAAA